CCAGAGUCCCGUUAGCAUUGGCACACCCGUCGAGUGCAACCACUACGACUGCUACAAGUAAUACUAGUACUGCAACCACUCUCACCAAACCGUGUUGGACGGCGUCUCAUCGUGUUGUGUUGGUAGCGGCGCAUCAUGAAACCUUGGUUGGACCGUGUGACGGCGGCCAUUGGGCCCGACGGAUAUGAUCCGACGAUGCGUCGGUCGUUGCAAAGUGUCGUUCUGUACGAAGCCAAGCGCGCCGUGGACGCAGCCACGUCGUCGGAGCGGCGUCCCCUCGAACGCAAAAAUGUCUUACUCGCACAGGCCCGGGAGCUCGUGCAGACUUGUACCUUUCUCAGUCCGCUCCAAAGAUCCAGAAUUCUCUGGCGGACCAUGACCAGCAAAGAAGAAUUGGACGCCGAUGUGGCUUGGAACCGAGUACGGCUGAUUGAAAAGGAGUUGGCCAAGUUGAGCAAGCUGAUUCGACCCUAUUUGGGCACGGGGAAGACACACGAUCAAGCUUGCGACUCGAUUGUUCACCGUCUCUUUGACGAGUCGACGGCACGCCAAGGGAGGCCCGUUCCUACAGGAUGGGAGCACAAACACAAUCACGUCAUUCUGGUAUUUCGACUCUACUACAAGGGUGACCAGAAAGAUACACGAUUCCCACCUCCCCCCUCACUAACGACGACGACGACGACGACAACCUCGUCGAGUCUCCACCACUCGCUGCUCGCCUCCCCACCAAAGUCGAGUCGGCGUCCCACCGCCCCGUCUUCCACCAUCCGAUCCCGUGCAACCGCCCCGUCGUCGCCUACUACUCACGUCUCUACCGUGGUCGGAGAAUCGUCCGUGGAAACCGACGCUUCCUCGUGGGGUCCGGUCAACGCCGUGGCAGCGUCCGAUGAACGGCGCAAGAUUCUACAAGAAGUCCGGGAACAUUUGGAACUCUUGAAGGAGUUCGAAGACGUCAUUUCGGAAAACGACAUUGCCCACCGCAAACGCGAACUCUUCUUGGCCCUGCCGCCGGCUCCGCCCGUGGCCUCGGCACCGCCCAACAAAAAGGUCCGGUACGCCUCGUGA